AGUAAAUAUUUUUUAUAGAAUAUUAUAGUAUUUUAGUUGUUCGUACCUCCCCUGCAAAUCCGCAGCAGCCGGCGAUUCAAGUCCUGGUGUCCGGUGUCUCACCCGCCGAGUCGCUGGCUAGUGCCAGAGCGAGAAUAGCAAAAGACGCAGCAGGAUGCCAGUCGAGGUGCAGCGCAAACUGACAGUGCUGGGCUACCCGGGCGUGGGCAAGUCGUCGCUCACCACGUGCUUCGUGGAGAACCGCUUCGUGGAGAACUACGACCCGACCAUCGAGAAUACUUUCCACAAGACAAUCCGUGUGCGCAAUGCGCACUUCGUCACGGACAUUGUGGACACCGCAGGCAUGGACGAGUACGCCAACUUCUCGCAGGCAGCGUCGGUGGGCGUACAUGGCUACGUUCUUGUAUACUCGAUCGGCUCGCGCACGUCGUUCGAGAAGCUCAAACUCAUCAACGAGAAGCUAGUUAACAUGCUGGGCUCCAAGCCGCCGCGCGUGCUGGUGGGCAGCAUGUCAGAUCUAGAGAAGGCCAGAGAGGUGACAGUAGAAGAGGGCCGGACACUGGCAAGCAACUGGGAAUGCCCCUUUGUGGAAUGCUCGGCAAAAGACAACGAGAACAUCAAUGAGGUGUUUACUUAUCUAAUUAAGGAGAUCGAGCGCGAUUCUGGUCUGCUGGAGGAGAGCGACGAAUCUCAAUGCACGAUUUUGUAAACCAACAAGUAAAAUUGACUCGUGGACAGAGGGGGAGCUAGGAGCUAUAAUGCAGCCACGAAGAUCAUGCCAAAGCAUUUAUUCAUCUCAAAAUGGAGGUAGUUGCAGGCAAAAAGGGGACACUACAAGAAAGUGGAGGAGAAAAUCAACAACAUGAAGGAACAAGCAUCUAGGAAAGAGAUGAGAAAUCACUGCUGGACAGCUUACUGCAUCAACGAAAACAUGUAUGAAUUACAUCAUCAACACCAAAAACGCAUUUUCCAUUACCUAGUCUUCCCUCGCUAGGUGUCACCGUUCAUGUUCAGUGGACUUGACAUCAUGGCUUGCUGCAUCGACUAACUAAUGGAAAUCGCAAUAUUCGUUAAAAACAAUCCUUGUUCAUAGGAAAUGUCUAAGAAAUUGUUGUAUAAUACACAAAAUAAAAAUG